CUAUUCUCUAACUGUGAGUUUUAAAAUGUACACUUGAAAAUGUAUAAACUCAAAUGUUUCGAUUCUGUAACAGUGAGCGUGUAUUUUUGCUGUCAAAAUAGUGUACACUGGCUGUCAAAAAACUCACGGCAUUUUGUUGGGUGCGUUUGGUAAAUUUUCGGUUGUCUUUAAACUAAAAAUCGUUGUAAAAUAAAUAAAAAGAUGGAAAAUAAAGCUAAAAAAGCUUCAAAUGAGCAAAAGAUUUAUUUAGUUGAAUACAUGGAAACAAAUAUUGAGUUUGCCAAUGAUAGGUAUGUGAAAUAUUGAUAAAUAUUUGUUUUGUUUUAUUUACCCAAAUAUUUUUCAGAUUUAAAUCAGUAGAUGGAGCACAUUUAAGAGCAAAGAAGUGGAGUGAUCUCGCUGCCACCCUUAACGGCUUACAAGGUGCUGCUAAAGACGCUUCAAAAUGGCGCAAGUAUUGGGCAGAUCAAAAGUGAGUGAGUAAUUGUAGCUUUUAGAAUGUCUUAAAAUGCUAGAUCUUUCACAGAAGUCAUAUAAAAGAGAGGGAGGUGCUGCGAAGGGCAUCAUUGCAACAAACCGGAAGCAACGGACUUGGACGCCCAAAGGAAGCGACCGAUAUUAAAAACUGGUUCUGCAACUUAUGGCACCAGUGGUCGUCACAGGACAUGAUAGUGUUCCUGAAAUGCUAAAUUUAAGGCACCAUGAAGAGGAGAUGCAGUUGCAGUUUCUUGCACCUCCGUUACCCCCUAGGCCCCAAACUCCUCCACAGUCGUCCUCGAUGUUUCGAUCGUCGACACGAAAAAGAAAACGCACUUCAGGAUCAAAUUCGUCGAUCGAAGUUGAAUAUUUGGAAAUUGAAAAAAAGAAGAUAAAACUAAUGGAGGAAAAUAAUAGAUUGUUAAGAGAAAAAAAUGAAUUGGAAAGGGAGAAACAUGAAGCUGAAAUUAAAUGGAGAGUCAGACAACAUGAGAUUGAUUUGAGAAGACUAGAAAUUAUGGAAAGGCAGGCCACAUUUCAGAGUGAUAAUUAUAUUGCGUAGAUAAUAUAUUCAUGUUAGUAAUAAUAAAAAAAUAAUAAUAAUAGUAAUAAUA